UUUUUUUUAAAAAAAAAAAAAAACGAAAUAUGCAGUAUGUUAUAUAACAUCUGUAUGGUAUCUGACUUCUUUUACCCAAAUAUGGGUGGAGUUGAAAGCCAUUUAUAUGAAUUAUCUCAACGCUUAAUUCAAAGAGGACACAAAGUCAUUAUUAUUACACAUGCCUAUGGAAAUAGAAAGGGUGUUCGUUAUUUAACCAAUGGACUCAAAGUGUAUUACAUUCCAACUCAAGUUAUUUAUUCAGAGGCUACAUUACCAACCAUUUAUGGCUUUUUCCCUCUUUUUCGUCAUAUUGUCAUUCGUGAAUCUAUACAAAUCAUUCAUGGUCAUGGCGCAUUUUCUUCCCUUUGUCAUGAAGCCAUCUUGCAUAGUAAAACAAUGGGUCUUAAAGCUGUCUUUACUGAUCAUUCUCUAUUUGGAUUUGCCGAUGCCUCUUCCAUUUUGACAAACAAAUUAUUAAAAUUUACUCUAAGUGACGUUGACCAUGUCAUUUGUGUAUCUCAUACAAGUAAGGAAAAUACUGUAUUAAGAGCAGCAUUAUCACCAAGACACGUUUCUGUUAUACCCAAUGCUGUAGUUGCAUCUCAGUUUCAACCUGACUCAACAAGACCCGACCCUAACUGGAUUACAAUUGUUGUUAUUAGUCGACUUGUCUAUCGAAAAGGUGUUGAUCUCUUGAUUGCUAUCAUCCCACGUAUUUGUGAAAUGUAUAAACAGGUUCGAUUUAUUAUUGGUGGAGAUGGACCUAAGAGAAUAGAUUUAGAGCAGAUGAGAGAAAAGCAUUUAUUACAUGAUCGAGUUGAGUUAUUGGGUCCUAUAAAGCAUCAUGAAGUACGAGAUGUAUUGAUACAAGGAAAUAUUUUUUUAAAUACGAGUUUAACUGAAGCAUUUUGUAUUGCGAUUGUUGAAGCUGCAUGUGCUGGUUUGUUUGUGGUGAGUACCAAAGUGGGUGGUGUACCUGAAGUUCUACCAAGUCAUAUGAUUCACUAUGCAAGUCCAGAAGAAGAUGAUCUUGUUAUAGCUGUGUCAAAGGCAAUCCAUACAUUUCGGUCCGGUAAAAUAGACCCAAGCAAGUUUAAUGAUGAAUUAAAGGAAAUGUAUAAUUGGUCAAAUGUAGCAGAAAGAACGGAAAAGGUAUAUGGAUCAGUGUAUCAAACAUCAAAUUCACCUUUAAUAGAAAGAUUAAGACGAUACUAUGGAUGUGGAGUUUAUGCAGGAAAAAUAUUUUGUAUGGUAAUGGCUUUAGAUUAUUUGAUAUGGAAAUAUCUUGAGUGGAUAUUUCCUACUGAGACGAUUGAAAGAGCAAGAGCGUUGGAAGUUGAUAUUGAAACCGACAAGGUUCAUCCUGUAACAUGUCUGCUAGAUCACUAUAACUUUGAAAAUGUCUUGGUUUUAUAUUGUUCUGUAAACGAUAUAUUUCAUUUUGUACCCAUUCGUCCAUCGUCACCACAGUGCCUGUAA